AUUUUAUUUUAAUUUGAAAGUUUUUGUACUUGGUUAGCUGCUAACUCUGCAUUACGCAAUUUAAAAAAUCAUUGUGACGUGGAGAAAAUUUAUACAUAAAGAUUUUCUAUUAUUUGAAAGCAAACAAAUAAGAAAAAGAGAAAAUGCCUUGCCCUUUCUUGACACGUCUGGGAGCCAAUUUCGUACGCAAUUAUGGCGAAAAUUUGUAUCAGGCCUACGGCCGUUUUUGUCCAGUACUAAGGAAUAAUGGUCAAGCUGUUUUGACAAAUGAAAUGGGCCAAGUCGAGUUGCCAGCAAUUAAUAUUGACAUUGCUCGCCCGUACGCUACUUCCAACAUUAGUACCAAAGUGGAUGAGGAGCUGACAAAAAUGAAAGAAGUUGUCCAAGAAGUCAAGGAAGAGCCUACGCCGACACCGACAACAGUAGAAACUGUAGCCGCCAAGGCUAAUGAACAAUUCGGCUAUGAAAACUUUUUCCAUGAUCAAAUUAUGAAGAAGAAACAAGAUCAUUCCUAUCGCGUUUUCAAGAAGGUAAACCGCCUAGCUGGUUCGGGCUUGUUUCCUCACGCUCUGGAAUAUUCGACUCGGGAGGAAAGGCCUAUAACGGUAUGGUGUGCUAACGAUUAUUUGGGUAUGUCCGCCCAUCCUCGAGUUAAAAAGGCAGUGGCCGAUGCUUUGGAGCGUCAUGGUUCUGGUGCGGGUGGCACUCGCAACAUUUCGGGUAACUCUCUACAUCAUGAGAUGUUAGAAGCGCGCUUAGCGAAAUUACACGAAAAGGAAGCAGCUUUACUUUUCACUUCUUGUUUUGUGGCUAAUGACUCGACUCUAUUCACUUUGGCCAGACUUUUACCUGAUUGUCAUAUAUUUUCGGAUUCAGGCAACCAUGCGUCUAUGAUCCAAGGAAUACGUAAUAGCGGUGUUAAAAAGCAUAUAUUCCGUCAUAACGAUGUCGAACACCUUGAAAGUAUGAUUUGCAAGUUAGAUAAGAGGGCGCCGAAAAUUGUAGCAUUUGAAACUGUACAUUCAAUGACUGGUGAUAUUUGUCCUUUAGAGGAACUGUGCGAUGUGGCUCAUCUUUAUGGAGCCAUAACUUUCGUGGACGAAGUCCACGCGGUAGGCUUAUAUGGAGAACAUGGUGCUGGUAUAGGCGAACGAGACGGUGUUAUGCAUAAAAUGGAUAUCAUUUCGGGCACAUUGGGAAAAGCUUAUGGGAACAUUGGCGGUUAUAUUGCCGGUUCGUCAAAUUUGAUUGAUAUGAUACGUUCCUAUGCUGCUGGUUUUAUAUUUACAACAUCUUUACCACCGACGGUGUGUUGCGGCGCUUUGGAGUCUGUGGAAAUUCUGGCUUCCCAAGAAGGUCAAGAGCUUCGUGCUCUGCACCGUAGAAAUGUCUGCUAUUUACGUAAUCUGCUAAAAAGAGAAGGUUUUCCAGUUGAGGACACACCUAGCCACAUUAUACCCAUACGUAUAGGCGAUCCCUUGAAAACUUCCAAAAUAUCGGAUCUACUAAUGUUCACCUUUGGCCACUAUAUACAGGCAAUUAAUUACCCGACGGUAGCUCGUGGUGAAGAAAAAUUACGUUUGGCUCCUACACCAUUCCAUAACAUUGAUAUGAUGAAUCAGCUUGUACAGGAUAUGAGAAAAGUUUGGGAGAUGCUGGAUAUGCCUUUGAAAAAACAAAUACAACAACAACAUCAUAACAGUAAUAUGUCGAUGCAACAACAUUACACCAGUAGUGCUGCUGCCAAGAACACAAAAAAUAAUAUCAAUGUUUUAAUAUAAGAAAAGGGGCAACAGAGAGAGAGAGAGAGAGAAAGAGAGAGGGCGACACAUUAACAUGAUUGUUUGUUUGUAUUUUGGUGGCUAGUGCAUUAAAUAACAAGGUAUUAAAUAAUAUGUUAUUUGGUUUUUAACUUUUUUUUCGGUGAUUGGUGUUAUUCGAUUAUUUUUCUUAACAAAAAAAAAGCAUUCUAACAUAGUAUGUGUUCGGUGUAAUUUGGUGCUCAAAAAAAAAAAAAAAUAUAUAUAUAUAUAUAUAUAUAAAUAUAGGCGCAUACAUAUAUGUGUAUGUGUUGCGUUAUGUACAAGUACAUAUUUAACAUCUCAAGGUCGUUCGUUCUUUGUUAUUGAUGUUGCUUUUUAAUGCAAUUGGAAAGCAACAGGUUUUUUUUGUUGUUAUUAUUAUUAUUAUUUUGGCUUUUUUUUUUUGUUUUUUGAUUAUUUAACGUAAAAUUGAUUGGAUAUGGGUGGCAGUAGCAUUUUCUAGAAAACGAGCAAUAAAAAUUAAAAUAGCAAAGCAAUAAAAAGUUU